AUGCUUUUCACCAAACUCAUCGCCUCGCUCGUGCUUUUGGCACAAGCAGGGGUCCUGUCAUCCCCGGUGCCAGUCAAGUCCAAGACAACCUCCAGCGUCAAAAAGACCUCAAACACCCUAAGCGUCAAGCCUGUGGUUCCCCAGGUCGCCAAUUCCGCCCCAGCGCCAAAGCUGCUCCGAACCAAUACGGUCAGCGCGGCGAAAGCCACCACGGCCGAACCGAAACCACUCCGAAGAACAAAGUCGUUUGGCGAUAAGCCAUCAGGAAAGCCCUUGGAUCCGUGCGGCGGGUCUGGUGCUCGCAUUCGUCGCCGCGGAGGGUGUGACCCCCAGCCCGAGUCCCUCGACGGAAAGCAAAUCCCAAAGGGAAAGACCGUGACCGCCAAGAUUGAGACAAGCCAAGGCACCACAGGCGUCCCGGCCAUGGGGACCAAGGAUGCCCCGGUUCACUCCAAGAACGUGCUUGACGCGGCCGCAAAGUCCAAAUCGAACACAGAGCCCAUGCCAAUCAACUCGCCGGCGCAAGCCGCCAAGCAGCGGGCAGCGACGGUGGCCUCGACGAGCACCCAGCCCGGUACGCACCGCGACGAGGAACCACCCGCCACCAUGAGACAAGAUGAUACUAAGAAGUCCACCGUCCUGAAUGCGCCAGUCUCAGAAUCGACCCAGAAACAAGCACCGACGAUUAAAGAGGCAAAGAAAGUGGCAACUGGGCCUGGCGGCAGCGGUAAGAUGCAGAUGGGCUUGAACGACGAGAAGGAAGGACUCGUGGUUGGCGACGACCUGAGAAACCUGGCGACCGGCGGUCAGUCUGGGCAACGAGGCGACAACACUAAAUAUAAUUUGCGGGACAGGCCGUCGUAA